GGCAAUGGCCUUGGCACGCCGCAUUGUACCUGUCCAGGGGCAUUCAACUUAGGUAUAUAUGCGGGGGCACACUCAUAUCAGAACGGCACAUUGUCACCGCGGCCCACUGUGUCACCACACCUCAGACCAACAGAAUCGUGAACCCAACCAACUUGUUGAUAUAUCUAGGUAAACACAAACUGAUAUCGUUUGGAACAGAAGUACAAGACAGGGGCGUAUUAGAUAUAUUUAUUCAUCCAGAAUACAAUCACACUGUAUAUUAUAACGACAUAGCCGUUUUGAAACUUACAAAACCAGUAACCAUAACAAACUACGUAAGGCCUUGCUGUCUGUGGGAAGGAGAUACAAAUUUGGACAAUGUUCUUCAUCAGGAAGGGACAGUUGUAGGCUGGGGCUUUGACGAAAACCGAGAACUAUCGGACAAGUUGAUGCAAGCUAAAAUGCCUAUAGUUUCCACUGUGGACUGUAUUUUCUCCAAUAGAGAUUUCUUCUCUCGAUUCACGUCGGAAAAAAACUUUUGUGCUGGAUUUAGAAAUGGUAAAUAUCAGGGUGUAACUUUAAGUGAGAGAG